GAUGCAGACCUGACAGUACCAGGAAUACAAGUUGUAGAUCUUUCUUGUAUCUAUCAUCGUCGUCCAUCCAAAGUCUUGACCGAUUGCAAAGAGGAUUAUAUCCUGUGUCACUCCUUGAAACAAAGAAGAUAUCAGUGGGAAUCAUGUCACUAGCUGACUUGACUCGAAGCUGUUUUCAAAAUGGGAUUUCUCCUGAGCAAUGGACUAGUCACUGCCAAAUGUUUAUUGGAAGAAACGAUCCAUACUACGGUUCUUCUAACUCGGGGACAGCUUUGAGUAACUCAGUGAUCUCCUUGUACCACAGGCAUCCUGGGGAUACUCGACUUCAUGAUUAUUUAAGAAACGGGUUGGACGAAGGGAUGAUAUCGGUGGUUGAUUUUGUGGCCACGCUGCUUCAAGCAGUAAGAUCACCGGAACUACGUGACGACACGCUUGAUAUCCUUUGUAAAAUUGCUUUGGAUACUCAUCGCUGGGUGGCCAAGCUCCCAAUGGUGUCUUACGUGGCUAUAGCAAACUCUCACACUGCUGUGAUCAUGAUGGAUGUAGUACAAGACGCAUUCACGCUGUUACGCACUGUGAACUCUUCGUCCUCAUCCAGGUUUCAUACGCUCCUGUUCUCCACCUCUAAGCUCAUCGUUGUCAUACUGUCGUGGGUGCCGGAUAUAUCUCGGGUCUCUGCUUCACGGGCUGCACUCCUACUCGCAGAUGCAAACGACAUCUUGCAUACUUCACAACUACUACCUGAUGUUAGACAAGCUUUGCAAUCUUUUGCACUGUCGCUGAGCUUUCUUAUCGGGAAUGACGCCAAAGUAGCAAGAGAAGCGCAGAUGAUGCAAACUCUUCAUCUUGCUUUGGGGAAGAAAGAAACGUUGGGACCUGAUCGUUCAGAUGUAAUCACCUGUACCAUGUUACUCCAGGCUCUGGUUACUUGCCGUGGUGGUGAUUUUGGCCCCGGUUGUGUAGCAAAUACGGUAGCCAUGUUUUUCGGAAUGCAACGAUGGAAUGCGUGGUCGACGAGUGCAUUGUAUACUCAUCUGCUCAUAGCUGCUUUUACCUGCACGCAAGCGCAAAAUACCCACCGCGGUUCCCUUAUCUGGAAGUCUUUCAUGAUCGGCCGUCUUCCUUUCCUUCUCCUGGCACUCGAGAAGGUUUUCGAAAUACACGGCAUUGCCAAAAUAGACUGCCAGUCUGCUAUGCAAGCUUCCCUCUCAUCAGUCUUCGAACAUUUUGGUUGGGUAAAUUUCUUGCACCGUGAUGUUACCGACCACAGCGACGAAAGCCAUACAUCUACUUCCCGUUUUAUUCGAAGAUUUCUCCAUUCACUCGUUGACGUCAAUGCAAUAAAUUCAGCUUUUAUAAGGACAUCGACUAACAGCACUACUCAUACGUUGCAAGCAGAGGCAUAUAUACACGGGCAAGACAUGGAGACAUAUUUAAAUCUCAAGCUGAUCCAGGAACAAAAUCAGAAUGAGACUGAUUCCACUGUGAAACGCAUCUGCCAAGAUCCUGGUAGUCAUGUUAUUUUCGCGAAGAUGAUUCAAAAACAUUUUUUGUCUUUUUCUAAAGCUUUUGACGUCGAGUUAUUAGGUCGCUUAUCCAGAUUAUUGUUCUCACACAACCCUGUACUGGAUAUCUUAUCUGUCUAUAUUACGAUAUCACUAUUAAUCAGUGAAGCCAUGGCGUUUCUUUCAGGUUAUGAUUGUGAAACUGUCGGUGACCCACAAACUGCUCUUAGUCAUUUGGGAAACGUCGUAUUGUUCGUGCAGGUGGCAUCGGCACGAUUUCAGCUAAUGCGCGAGCUCCCGAGCUCGGACUUCGCGCAUUUUGAGCUGAUUCCCUCGAUCGAAGGCUUUGGGGGCCCGUGUACUACCUUAUGGUUCAAGGCGUUAUUUGAUACAAACAGUGAGGGUAUAGAAGAUACAAUAUUACGGUCUACCAAUCCGACAAACUUGUUGAUUAUUUCCUCGACGGUUUUUUCACAUGCAAUUCGGGCUCGAUACGAAGGGAAAAUGGACCAAGAUGUUUUCAGUAACGGUAUCUCAUAUUUUAUGAGUCCGCUCCUGAAAUGGACGCUCGUUAGUAUAGUGAAAGUUAUGCUGAGUGAAAUACAGCGGGAAUGCCUGGCGGCAUCUGUACACAUAGAAGUUCUCCGGACUCUACUCCUUUCGCCUUCUUGCCCCCCGUCAGUCUUAAAUCUGUGCGGUGCAGAUAUUUUGAAAAUGUUGUCCAUUGGCCUGCCCUUGCCACCGAGUUCGUCUCGCCAAGUUUAUGAUUUGGACAUCAUUCGCAAUACUGCUUUACAGUCUUUGGCAGUUGUUGAGAAGGCCGGCGAUGCAUCAAAGAACCACCAUUCUCGUGCUACAUGGAUGGAUCAACCUCGAAAAAUCAUUCAUGGUUCACUUGCCCUUACGAGAGAGGGAAAGGCCCCAUAUAUCAAUCUCGCGCGCUGCCUAACGCUGUCUUCUCCUAUGCAGUUUGUGCGCCUCCUUUGGUACGAACUGAACACUCCCGCGAACGUGAGGGAAAUGGAAGCAUGUCGGAAUCUAGUAACGUCCAUCCUCGUCAUGCCACAACCUACAACCCCUCUACUGCCCUUGUUUCUGCAUAUUGCAUUACCGGUGCUAAUCAGUGCCGUUGAUCAGCAACAGCCGCCUGAGAAGUUGAUGAGUAUUGAGCUACUCGCCGCGAUCGUAUCGUCGUCUCUCACUGCUGCUAUGCACAUCGAGUGUGCUUCGCAGUCUGUUCUUAGCCCGCAGAGCAAUGGCACAGGGCAAUCGACCACCCUGAUAGCCAUGAAAUUGGGUGGAUAUUUGCGGUCGCGUAGUAGCUGUAAUGCUGGCGCCGCCAUUUUGCAGCGGUUGUCAUGCAACCCAUCCUUUAUGACAAACUUCCCAGCAUUUAUGAUGGAGCUUUGACCCUGGAUCUUAGGGACCAGGCGUUAGGGACCAGGCGUCAUCCCCAGUGAGAACUGGCCAUGCUCGGAGAUGCCCGCAAGCGCCAGGUUGUGUUUUUUUUAGACGUAGAAAGCAAACUCAUGUAUUUACAUAAUGCAAACCAGUGUUGGAUAACUGAAGCAGAUUCUGGUG